CGAUCCUCCUCCUAGCUCACGCGUAUCUUCCCCGGCUCCGGCUCGACCGUCGCUCGACCACCGCUGACAGAUGACGCACACCGAGCAGAAUUCGACGACCGCCGUGUUGGUCUUCGUCUUCCCUGAUGCGAUCACAAACUCGACCCAUCUCCGUCCACAAGAAAAAUCCGCGUUUAUCACAAGACUAGGACUGUACUGAAAAGAUACCGACCAACCACCACACCGCCAAUCAUGGUGGUCAUGGACAGGAGCAUCGCGCUGUUGCUGCUGCUCUUCCAUGUCCUCCUCGCCGUCUACCUCCGUCGGCGCCGUGUCACACCGGCCGCGGCGAGCGCGAACCACUGUCCGCACCCGAACCGAGAUCUCCUUCGCGCGGAUACUCCACCCGACGACACUGGUGUGGAGGGCCAUGAAGCUGGCCAACGUCGGCAGCGAGCGGCGGAUGCGCGAGGCCAUCGGGGUCAUCGACGAAUACGUGAUGGGGAUGCUGGAGGCAGAGCAGCCGCCGUCCCCAGCCGAGGACGGCGAGCGCGAGCAGCACCUCCUGUCGCGGUUCGCGGCGGCGAUGGACGAAGAAGCCUGCGGCGGCGAGCUCGGCGCGAUGUUCGGCUCGCCAGACGCGAAGCGGCGGUUCCUACGGGACGUGGUGGUGAGCUUCGUGCUGGCCGGGAAGGACAGCACGUCCACCGCGCUCACCUGGUUCUUCUGGCUUCUCGCCGCCAACCCGCGCUGCGAGCGGCGCGUGCACGAGGAGGUCACGCGCACGCCACACGGAGACGACGCCGGGGAGUACGAGGAGCUGAAGGGGAUGCACUACCUGCACGCGGCGCUCACGGAGGCGAUGCGGCUGUACCCGCCGGUGCCGAUCAACACGCGGGUGGCGGCCGCCGGGGACGUGCUGCCGGACGGAACGACGGUGCGGGCCGGCUGGUUCGCCGACUACUCGGCGUACGCGAUGGGUAGGAUGCCGCGGCUGUGGGGGGACAACUGCCGUGAGUUCUGACCCGAGCGGUGGCUCGAUGGUGAUCGCGGCGAGUUCGUGGCAGUGGAGGCGGCGAGGUACCCGGUGUUCCACGCGGGGCCGCGGACGUGCCUCGGGAAGGAGAUGGCGUACGUGCAGAUGAAGGCCGUGGCGGCCGCCGUGAUCCGGAGGUUUGCGGUGGAGAUGGUGGAGACGCCGGUGAGCAUGGACGCGCCGCCGCUGUACGAGUUGGGUGCGACGCUGAGGAUGAAGGGCGGGCUCCGCGUGCGGAUCAAGAAGC